UAAUACACCAUGACUAUAACGAUGACAAGAAAAGUAAGUGAAUGCCAAGCAGAAACUCUCCAGUUUAUGCCUAUUGAGAAAGUAGAAGAAGAAUGUAUUAUGGAAAAAGACUACUGCAGCAGCACCACACUACUACGUAGAGGGAAAAGACUUGAAGACAAUAAUAAUAUAACUAAGGAAGAUAUUUUAUAUAUAAACUAUAGACAGCUCUUAAAAUAUGAAGAAGCUCCAGCAUAUUUGCAACACAACCCUUUUAUCAGGGAUGGAUAUCGGAAAUUACUACCCACUAAAUUAUGCUGGGAGAGUAUAUUCUGGUGGACGAAUGAAACUAUGAACAUAUGGACACAUAUAUUUGGUUUCUUUCUCCUGCUCUUCCUAACAAUCAACGACCUUGUCAUCAUAAAUAUUCACGCCACAUUAACUGACAAGACAGUUGCAGCGAUUUUGUUCUCCUGUUUUUUGGUUUGCAUGGCGCUGUCCGCUCUGUACCACACUUUCUCGUGCCGCUCCGAGUCGGAUUACAACACGUUCCUCAUGUACGACCUCUUCGGUAUAGCGCUCUCCUUGCUCGCUAUUUACACAUCCGGCGUAUACUAUGCAUUUUGGUGCCACCACGAGCUAAAAAUAUUCUACAUGCUGACAGUGACUGUGAUAUUUGGUGUAGCGAUGGCGCUGCAAGUGCCGCGCUUCAACGUUCCCUAUGCUGUCAAGAUGUGCGUCUUCAUCGGCUGGGCGGCGUACGGCGUCCUGCCCACUUUACACUGGACCUAUGUUAUGGGGGGAUUCGAUAACCCUAUGGUUCAGAUGUUCUUUCCACGAGUGAUCGGCAUGUAUGUUAUUAGUGGUACUGCUUUUGCAAUAUACGCCUUUAAGAUCCCAGAGCGGUGGUUCCCAGGCAAGGUAGACUACAUCGGUCACUCACACCAGUGGUGGCAUAUUUUAGUACUGGGUGCGUUGUACUACUGGCAUAACUCAGCCAUGAUCUACGUCCAGUAUAGGAUGAACCACGGCUGCGCUAACACCAUGCGAAUAUUCUAACAACUGUCUUAUAUUUAUUAGGAAUCAAUUUAAGACCAGGUGUCAAUGAUGGACAAUCUGAGUGCCUUAGUCCUUUUGGAUUUUUAUACCAAUAGUGUUCGCUUAUAAGGCCUAUAAUAUAGCAAAUUAAUUUAAACCAAUUUUCCACUAGCUCACUGCUAUUUCUAAGAGUGAUUGUGAACUAGCAACACUUAUACAAAUUUUAAUCUGACUGGAGUCGCACAGUAGUGUUAGUGGAAAACGGGUCUUAAACCCUAAGAAAGCUCGAAAUUAAUUUUCAAGAACUUAUAUUAUUAAUACCAGAGUUCUA